AGGAGUGGAGCAUGAGAGGAGCUGUUGUACCUGCUGCUCUCACUGCUCAAAUAUUAACAACGGGUUUCUGGGAACCGAUGCCGCUGCUCUGGGACAAGCCCAAACUGUGGAGGCAGCCGGGCUCAGUGGUUUGUGGACAGGCAGUCUGUCGCUGCUGCUGGAGGCACCGCUGCAUCUAAGAGUCUGAUGGAGGAGGAGGUCACAGAGCCCGAUCCUCAGACGGUGGAGCCCACCGGCAUGCUGCCACCGCCGGGGACACACUCAGAGGUAAAUGGAGACUUGCCGGGCAACCCAUACCUGAGGGAUGGGACAGUGGACGUGAUGGAGAGUCCGGCGAGGGAGCCUGUUGUGCUGCAGUAUCCUGCUGACUACAGCCACCAAUAUGGGGAGAAGAUGCCAUUCCACCAUGUGACGGCAGGCCUGCUCUACAAGGGGAACUACCUGAGCCGCUCACUGUCAGACAGUGACAGUGACGUGCUGGCCAGCAUCUCUGUGGAGGAGCUUGAUGAGAUCCGGGAGGCGUUUAAGGUGCUGGAUCGUGACGGAAACGGGUUCAUUUCCAAACAGGAGCUGGGUAUGGCCAUGCGCUCUCUGGGCUACAUGCCCAGUGAAGUUGAGCUGGCCAUCAUCAUGCAGAGACUAGACAUGGAUGGUGAUGGACAGGUUGAUUUCGAGGAGUUUAUGACCAUCCUUGGACCCAAACUCCUGUCCUCUGAAACGAGAGAAGGCUUCCUGGGCAGCACAAUAGAUACCAUCUUCUGGCAGUUCGACAUGCAGCAAAUCACCCUGGAGGAGCUGAAACACAUCCUGUUCUACGCCUUCCGCGAUCACCUGACCAUGAAGGACAUUGAGAACAUCAUCAUCAACGAGGAGGAGAGCCUGAAGGAAAACUCUGGAAACUGUCAGACGGAGUUUGAGGGAGUUCACCCUUCAAAGAAGAAUCGCCAGACGUGUGUGAGGAAGAGCCUCAUAUGCGCCUUUGCCAUGGCAUUCAUCAUCAGCGUCAUGCUCAUCGCAGCCAAUCAGAUGCUGAGGAACGGCAUGGAGUAGCUGAGCCCACUGUGAACAGGGAACAAGCCAGCCUGCAUGUGCAUGCCAGUGGGUGAGGUCAUAUCCCUGUUGAUAGGAAAAGGACUACAAGGAAUAAUACUCAAAAUAAUCGACAAAAUCCAUUUUUAAAGUUAUUCUUAGUUUUUUGAACGAGUGGCGCCUCUCCAUGCGACGUCCAGUGAAACCGUGAAGCCAGCAUGAGGAGUGAUGCAGGACUCCUCCCCCUUUACUCUGACAGGGACACUCAAGGGCUGACAUUACACAUGAUACUCUGUCGUGUCUGUUUCCCUGAUGCAAUAAAAAAAAUGUAACAAAAAAAAAGUGCAGGAGUUCAGAGCUGCUUGCUUUUCCAGCAGGCGAGACGUGACGUGUGUGUCUGCAGAUCUGUCACCCACCAGGAGUCUGAUGAGCUACCAGAGCUGCAGUCUGGGCCCCGAAAGAGAACAAUUGCCCUCUUAUUAUAGUUCCUGGAGGCAUGAUGGCAGCGCUCGCCGCCACUCAAGCAGAAGGAUCUGUACGCGUCAGGCGGACAGCUCCUGGAGCUCCCAUGGUGCUACGAUACUUCAGCUCUCCAACUUUCUAUUUUCAACUACUGUGACUGUGGGCUGGUAUGAGGUGCUGGCAUCAGUUCAUCGGCCCUACACACCAAGCAGUCAAGCGAGCAAAACGUUAAAUGUUAACUCCAGGCUGGUGUUUUGGCCUGUGAUAUUCAUGAAUGAACACAGAAGCUCUGAAAGUUUGAACACUGAACACUGUUCAGGGUGCAAAGAAAAGGUUUCUGUGUUCUGUUAAAGGAAAGAAAAUCCACCCUUUUAGUGUUCACUCUGUUCUAUAUCAUCACUCUGUGGUGUUCAGUGCACUCCAGGAGUUAUUUUGCAAGGUGAUUUAAUUCAGCUUUCUCUCACUCUGCCUCGUCUACAUCUGCCUCAGUUGGUGAUUUUCUACAUUUCCCCAAAUGACUUUGGACAACCCCCAGAGAUCAAGUGUGAAACCAUUGCAUUCAAAGACAAUGGAGGAGCAAAAUAACAAGGUUUUCCAAUCGACAAAACCUGAAUAGAUUUAGUCUAAAUCAUGGAUGCUCAACUUGCUCUGCCCAGGGGCCACUUUUGCAAAAUAUUCACAAGGCCAGGGAAGAGUUAUUAAAUAAACAUUAAUAAUAUUUGUCAGAUUAAAUGAAUGGACAAUGCAAAUCCAGUCGCAGCAGCCCUGCAUGGGUCAGAUGUAGGCAAGGGUGUUUCUAGGAUUUGAGGACAUUCAGGACCUCUUUUGGGGGGUCUGGGGGAUCCUUCCCUGGCACUUUCUUUUCAUAAUUAAGCUCUACUUCAGUGUUUUGUAUUAACUAAGGCACACCAGUUACAGUCUAAGUACAAACAAAUUUUUUUAGUGUGAAUCAGUUUAAUACCAUUGUGAAAUAGAAAAAAACUGGCGGGUCCUCCGGCUCCACUUCAUCACAUUUUUCCUAUUUUCCUAUUAGUUGUUGAAUAUAUGUUGCCACGUAAUCUGGGUUUGGCCAGUUGUCUGUUAAUAUAAAGGCCCAGGAUCACCAAAGCAACAUCAGAACUUGCGGCAAUGAAGGCCGACUGUUGCGUUGCCUCAAGUCACCUGUGUCUCGGCCAGAAAGUUUCACUUGAACACAAUACAAAGAUACAGCCAACAGCCAACUAGCACGUACGUUCUGCACCUGCGCAGGAGGACGUAACUCUCCGGCAGCAAGUGGCUGUAGACUGUAUUCAUCAUCCAAAAAGGGAAACCGAGAGGCCAACAGGACGGUUCAAGAUGCUAGAUAGCCAACAACACAACCUAACCUUACUAGUGAACAAUAACACAAUUACGAACCAUUCUGCUAAAGAGCUCAGUGGCUAACAAAAAAACUUACCUAGUUUAACAAAUUUGUUUUGAUCUCAUGCCCUCUUGACUUAAGCCAUUUGUUUACUUUCCUCACUCCAGUUUCUCUUCUUUUGCACUGAGCUGAACUGCCAAUCAGAGUGAUUGCAUUCGACGACUUGCUCCGCCAUCUCUACUGAUGAUUCAACAUGCCAAAUCCACUGCAAAAAAGCUGAGAAGGGCUGAUUAGUGCCAAAUGCUACACACCGCAGAAUUAGGGCAACAGGCGCUCACUGAUGGCAGAUGACAUCUUGGUGCGUCAGGGCCCUAAGAGAAAUUGACUUAGGAAUGUACGGUACAACACCAUCAACGCAGAAUUUUUUAACAGUGUAAGGGUGGAUUUUUCUUUGUCCUUCAAAUCACGGUGAUUCAAGUUAAUGAAUUAUGACUGCGCUCAAGUUUCCUGCGCAAGUUAUUGCUGUUACUUUUAAAUCAAAAAAAUUAAAUGAUCUGUGUUUAUUUUAUCAUUUUUAAUGUAGAUGAGUUGUAAUGAGUUAGUUUAAUAUGUCAAAUAUACAAAUGAAAUAAAAAGGUGAGCAAA